CUCCAGUUAGUGUAAAACAACUCUACAGUAAAGUAAUUUUUGGCGAACAUUAUACGAAAUUUCCGAAGUUGAACGAUUUAAAAUGCACAUAAAUCAUCUAAUUAAGUGUAAUCAAGUGCAGUAAAAGCGUAUUGACCAUUGGAAUAUUCAGGACAACCUUUUAAAAGUCAAUCUGCCAGCCGUACAACGUAUAGGCCUCGGCCAUGGAGGAGAAUAUGUGGAUAAUUGAGCUGGAGUCGGCGCUCUUGGACGACUGCAAUGUGAAUGACGUUUAUAGCAUUUGUCAGGGGAAACCUUUGCCGGAGGCACUGCGUCCCGAUGUGUGGCAAGUGUGCCUCGAUGUGAGGCACAAAAGUGAUCAAAUGUCGCUCUUUAAUGAAAUCUACGAUCUGCCAUUUCAAAAUCAACUGCGUGAGGAUUGCAAGCGCUAUGUGGAACGCAUGGGUAACGAUGAGGAAGACAAAGUGUCUGUUGUCUCUGAUCUGGAAUCGAUUAUGACAUUCUACUGCAAGAAUCGCAAUCUUCAAUACGAAGCGGAAAAUGGUUGGAUUGAACUAUUGUUGCCAUUGUUUGCUCUCAAGUUGAAUCGUUCGGACACCUUUAAUCUAUUUGAAUCCAUAAGGGAUACAUACAUACCCAAAGGGUGCAAGCCCAAGGGUAAUGUCUUCCAUGUAUUUCGUUUGCUGUUGCUCUAUCAUGAUCCGGAGCUGUGUACGGUGCUAGAUACCAAGAAAAUCACACCAGAUCUUUAUUCAUUGACAUGGUUCCAGUCGCUUUUUGCCUCCUGCAGCAGCCUCUCUGUGAUUAUUGCAAUGUGGGAUCUGUAUUUUCAGAAUGCAGAUCCAUUUAUGGUUUUUUUUCUGGCGCUCAUUAUACUUAUCAAUGGCCGCGAGCAGAUUAUGGCACUAAAGACAGCGUCCAAGGAGGAAAUUCUCAAGUUUCUAAUCAAUAUGCCAUGCGCUUUGGAAGUGGACGAUGUGCCAGAUUUUUGUUCAUUGGCCCAGUACUAUGCCCUGAAGACACCCACAUCGUUCAAGACGGAUUACCUUAAGGCGCUCUAUGGCAAACAGAAUGAUACGCCACGUAGCCAGGAGGAGUCCAAUAAAGUAUCCCAGGCGUUGUGCCUGCCCGUCUCCGUCUAUGAGCUUGUGGAGAAUUCAGCCACUGAAUUUCCAGUUCAGGAUGCGGUACGCUUCUUCCUUGUGGACUGUCGUCCAGCCGAACAAUACAAUGCUGGUCAUUUGUCAACGGCAUUUCAUCUGGAUUGCAAUUUGAUGCUGCAGGAACCUGUGGCCUUUGCAACCGCCGUCCAAGGAUUGCUCACAGCACAGAAGCAGGCCAUUGAGGUGAAUUCAAAUGCGGGUGGCGAGCACUUGUGCUUCAUGGGCAGCGGACGUGUCGAGGAGGAUCAGUAUACGCACAUGGUGGUAGCCUCAUUCCUGCAAAAGAACACACACUACGUGUCCUUGCUCACUGGUGGCUACACAUCCAUCCAUGAUUACUUUGGUGAUCACAUGGCCGACUGUCUGGAGGAUCAUAGUGUGAACAAAUGUCUCGUCUGUCAGCAGCAUAAUGUCAAGCAGACAAAGCCUGUGCCGCUCAAGCCGUCAGCAACGACGCCGUCCUCAUCGGAUCUGUUCAGCAAAUUCUCUGCAGCAAUGAAAUCCAAAUCAGCUGAGGUCAAAGGCAGAUUGCUUGACAUUAUUGUGAAUCCCAGUUCAAAUGGUGCAUCCAGCGGCGCUUCCAACAUUGGAGCACAAUCAAUGCCCGCCCAGGAGCGUCAUGUCAGCGCCAAGGAGCGCAAUGGCAAGCGCUAUCGCAAUGUGGCGCCCGUCUUCAGCAUCGAUGAUGAGAAUGAGGAAGCCUACGAUGGUGCUGAUCGGGAUGCGCCUCAGGCAACUGGCGAGACAAAGGAAAUUGUCAAUCUAAAUCAAUAUUUUAAGACGGCGGAGAUAAUCAAUGCAUUCAAGUGUCAGGAUGUCCAUAUGAAUGGCUAUAUGUACGAUAGCCAUUUGAUUAUAACGCCAACACAACUUGUGGUGCUACGUGAACUGGGCGGUGGUCAGGCGCAGAUUAUGGUACGACGACCAUUGGCCAGCAUUGUGAAGAUUACAGCCAAGAAACGACAUCGCAAUUUGAUAACUUUCAAGUAUGGUUUUCCCGAUGGAGAUGGUCUACUCAUCACCGACAUGGAUCGAUUUCUUAUACCAAAUGCCACAGAGGCCACCGCAGUCGUCUCCAAGCACAUUGUCCAGGUGCUCGACAAUGCUAAAUAAGAGAUGUUGAUGAUAAAAGCCAUCUGAAAUUACCGUCAAUAGUCAGUCCUUACACACACACAUACAGAUACACACAUCUUAACAAACAAGUGCAAUGCGUUAAGCUCUGAUGCUGUGGACGCUUUAAUUUUUAAUUGGCAAAUGUUUUCCUUAGACUUCUUAAACAUUUUAUAGUGAAUUGGCAUAUAUGAAUACAAUCCAUGAUGCAACUGUAAUAUACAUACAAAAACACUUAAAAAAUCCAAAAAAAAAAAAUGAGCAACAAAUAUUAAAUAUAUAACCCAAUUAAUUUUGAGUUCGACUUGUACUAACCAAGUUCCCUACUUUCCCCUCGCCACCCCCUAAAUUUUAAGUGUACAAAAUAAACGAAAAUAUACCUUAGAAGCCUUGAGACUUACAAUGUGUAAAGAUUAUAACAAAUAUUUAUUGCAAUUAAACAAGGUAUAAAUAAACUAUGUAUUAUAUUCAGAG